CAGACGUCAUCCAUUAUAAAUAAAGAUCUGUCUUUAGGAUGUGUUAAUAUUUGAAUUUUUUUAAAACCAAAUUUAUCAUCACCUAAAACAGAAAAGGCAAAAAGUACCCUUGAGUCAAAAGUUAACAUGUUUAAAAACCGUAGACAGUCGCUUUAAGAGGAUACUUUUUAUUUUUCGAUGAUUCGUCCUCGUUCUAGAUUUUGAAAGAAAAACCCACACUUUUUCAUCAAAUAUACACGCCUAAUGUCAGCAAGUAACCUUGAAUGAAUCAAAUUAUUCCGACUAUAAAGAACUACAGUACGCUAUCCAACAAUCAUUAAACAUGGGAUUAUUUAAGUGAUAACACCUAUAUUAUUGUGCAAUAUCAGCAUAAUUUGCGCAAUAACCGUGACUAAACAUUAAUACCGCGCUGCAUAAUUUUGAAUAAAGUAGUAGUGAGGAGUGCUGUGUCUAGGUAGGACGUUGUUUACUUGUCUGCCGCGAAAAACAAUGGGUUUGUUGAGUGAAGGCACCCCCCUUUCAUGGGAAGAAACAAAAAAGUACACACAGCACGUGCGGGAACAUGGCAUAACUCAGUUCAUAAACAUAUACAAGAGACUACGAGACAGGCAGGGAGAUGUGCUCAAAUGGGGUGAUGAAGUCGAAUACAUCAUAGUCAAAUUCAUCGAUGACAAACGAGAAGCCAAGGUAUGUCUUCGAGCAAAAGAACUGCUUGAUAUCCUGAAUGAAAGAGAGCAUCUGAACCCUGAAGGUGUUAAGAGUCUUUGGAGACCAGAGUAUGGUGCUUACAUGAUUGAAGGUACACCAGGAAAGCCCUACGGGGGUCUCUUGGCGCAUUUCAAUGUUGUUGAGGCUAAUAUGAGGCACAGAAGGGAAGAAAUUUCAGAGAUACUGCAGCCUGAUGAGGCUGUCAUGAGUAUUACCAGCUUUCCAAGGCUUGGUUGCGUGAACUUUACACAUCCUCCCACAAAACCUACUCCGGACAAGGGUGGCACAAAAUCAUUAUUUUUCCCUGAUGAAGCAGUUUUUCCUGGACAUCCCAGGUUCAUAACCUUAUCCAGAAACAUCAGGCAAAGAAGAGGGGAAAAAGUAUCCAUCAACAUACCUGUGUACAAAGACAAAUAUACAGAAAUUCCCGUGGACAGAUACAGUAAUCCAUCUAUGCCUGACCACGUUUACAUGGACGCUAUGGGCUUUGGCAUGGGAUGUUGCUGUCUACAACUAACUUUCCAAGCCUGCAAUAUAUCUGAAGCUAGAACUCUUUACGAUCAGCUUACACCACUGUGUCCUAUCAUGUUAGCAUUUACAGCAGCAUCUCCACUACACAGAGGCUUUGUAACAGACGUUGACUGUAGAUGGAACAUCAUUUCUGCAUCCGUAGACUGUCGGACGGAAGAAGAAAGAGGUUUAAAACCUCUGAAAAAUAACAAGUUCGUCAUCAAAAAGUCGAGAUACGAUUCAAUCGAUUGUUAUAUUUCCCCACAAGGUGAAAAAUAUAACGACAUCCCUGUAGUAUACGAUAAGGCAGACUAUAAAAGGCUAGUUGAUAAUGGCAUAGAUCCUCUGUUAGCGCAGCAUGUUGCCCAUCUCUUUAUAAGAGAUUCUGUAUCGCUAUUUUCGGAAAAAAUAUAUUUGAACGAUGAAGAAGAUACUGAAAGUUUUGAGAAUAUCCAAUCGACGAAUUGGCAAACGAUGAGGUUUAAACCUCCACCCCCGCAUUCUACCAUAGGUUGGCGAGUCGAAUUCAGGCCAUGUGAAGUACAAAUCACGGAUUUCGAAAAUGCUGCUAUUGUGUGUUUCAUAGUACUCAUGACUAGGGUUAUUUUGUCGUACCAGCUUGACUUCUUGAUCCCAAUUAGCAAGGUAGACGAAAAUAUGCAAAGGGCGCAAAAAAGGAACGCGGCGAAGGUUGAGAAAUUCUGGUUCAGAAAAGACAUAACAACGCAAGUCAGCCCGCCUGAAGCGAAUGAAUGCUGUAAGACGGGUACAACAAAUUGUGAUAUGAAGAACUGUGAUAUGUUUGUAGAAAUGACGCUUAACGAGAUUAUUAAUGGAAAGGAAGGAGAGUUCCCUGGUUUGAUCCCCCUAAUAAAGAGUUACUUAACGGGUAUGGACGUCGACGCUGACACGCAUUGCACGAUUCAACAAUACUUGCAGUUCAUCCAGAAACGAGCCUCAGGAGAAAUACUCACGACAGCCUCGUGGAUCAGAAAAUUCGUUAGGGAACAUCCAGAAUACAAGUAAGUUUUAAGGUUAGGCUUUAGGUGAAAGGUUGUAGAUAGAUGAUGUCCACGCUUUUCAGAUGUAAGGUACGAGGUCUGUAAAUUAAUUAAUGUGACUCAUUUUUCUAUUCAAAUAUAACUACUAUUUUAUAUUGUCAUUUUAAUUUUAAUAUAAAAGAAUGUAAAAUUACAGAAAAUGGAUUGAAGAAAAAUAUGUAACUGAAUCAUUAUACAAAAUUGACAUUGUAGCAUUAAUGCUAAAUAAAUUUUCUACAACUCUCAAAAUAACUUCCUUUUGAAGAGAGAGAGAAGGUUCUUCCACUCCUCAUAGCGGUGCUGGAACUGUGGUAGUGGAGUAGCCUUCAGCUUGCCAGUUACAGCCGUUUGAAUGUUUUCGACUGUUCCAAAAUGAUCCAACUUCGGGUAGAGAAAAAAUUCAGGCGAAUAAGAAAACUGAUGAGCUACAAGAAUGUUUCUACUGGGUAAAAUUUUGUUUAUUGACAUUGCUGUGUGACAAGGAGCAUUAUCGUGAUGCGACACCCAGUUGUUCUUGAUCUGAUGAACGGUGGUGUGAGUCAAAUUUAACUCUUCCCCGAUCAUUCCGACUGUCAACCGACGAUCUGAAUGCACAAGAUUGUGGAUUCUGUCGAUAUUUCCAUCGGUUUUUAAAGAUUCCACUUUCUGUUUCAUCUUCAAUCGACUCUCCUUUCUGAAAAUGUCUUAGACCACCGAAAAACCAAGUCUGAAGCAAAACCAAAUAGCAUACCGUUACUCGGAUUUAAUGUCACUCAUUUUUAGAACGUAAUAGAGAAAACUGUUUCACAAUAAAAAAUCGCUACGGACAAGCCAUAUCACUCGAACUAGUUCAAACUGUACCGAAGGCGGAUCACAUAAUUCCCAUGUCUCCCCUCCAAGCCCGGCGCCUCCAGUGUUGCAAGAUCUAACGCUACGUCGCCAGUCUUAUCACUUAAUUUACAGACGUUAAAUACAUAUUUUGAAUUGGCGAGAAAUAUUUUAGUUAGGCAAUAGACAAAUGAGCAAAAAGUAUACACUAAAUUUUGGCGGAAAUCAAUGCAUUUUAAACAUUUAGACUUGGUUCCUAACCUAUUCGAAUUCAUUGUUUGUGACAGACUCGCUAAUCUUACCUUAAAUGACAGUCUGUCAGCUGUCAAAAUGCCUGCUCGUUUCCCUUGUCAUAGGAUAUUAAAAUGAUUCUCUUUCAUUCCAGGUCUGAUUCGAAAGUGUCGGAGCACAUAAACUACGACCUGUUGAACCGGAUACGGCAGAUACAGACCGGAAAAAUUUCUUGCCCAGAGUUGCUAGGCGACAACGCCACGUCGAAAACGAAAGACAGUGUACCGACAGCUUUAACAAAUGAUUGUUUAUAGUCUUAAGUAUGUUUUAGAUGUUUGCUGAAUUUUGUUUUUAUACACACAUUGAUUUUUGCAAAGAUUUUAUACACUAGAGUACUAGUUUUUUCAGUAUUUAGAACAAGGCAUUUAAGUUUGAAAUAAUUGUUAGAUUUGCAAGGGCAAAACGGUUGUUAUACUUAUGUUUUUUAUAUAAAAUAUACGUACUCAAUGUAACCUUUCUUUUAUUUUACCUGAAAUAAUAAAAGUUAUUAAAACACCAUAUACUGAAAUGGUUGCCACU